AUGACAUUGGUCGAACUUGAUCAAGUCCUCCGAGAUAUUGUGGAUGGCGUGGAUUGUCUCCUGCGAUUCUCCAUUGCCAUCAGAAACCCGGCUUCACACGACCGGAAUAAAGCAGAGACUCUGGAAACAAGCCUAUCAUUCUACGAGGGAGUCGAUAUACGCCAUGUCCAAGAAAAGUUCCUCAAGACUAGUGAGGCUCUAGCUAAACGCCUAGGGCGUGCACUCACGCGGCGACGCCAGUACUUCCACUAUCGGGAGAAGCAUCAUCAGCAGCUCUCCGAAGGGCUUGACCAAGGGCUAGGCCUACGGCAUAUCCAAGAGACAGAAAAGACGACGAUAGCCUCAUCUAUUCCUGACCAUCUCAAGGCAGAGAAUGUUCCUAGUGACUUCAAAGGUAUAUCUGAAAUUGAUGAUAUGUGGUUAGAGGUGUCUUGCACUUCGUAUGCAUCAUCGACCACUGACGUGGGAAAGCUUCGGGUAUCGCCUCUACCAAUUGAGCAUGAAUAUGGUCCAUUUCUAUGCCCGUUUUGCCACAUCAUCAUCUCGGCCAAGAUAAGACCAGAGUGGAAAAAACAUGUGUUUGGCGAUUUGCGACCAUACCUCUGUCUUUCCGAUCUGUGCCCGGCACCAGACCAGCAGUAUGAAUCUCAUGUUGGUCGCCACCUGGAAGAUUUGGCUUUGUUUGCAUUGCCAAAAACAGUCGAAGCGGACGAUGAUGACUCGAAUGAUUUGAAAUCACAAGGAAGCCAUGAAUGGAGUACCGAGUUGGCGAUGAGUGACGCUAUCAAUCGAAUGCAAAAAGAGGAUGAUGAUGAUCUCUCCUCACAAAUCAUUGAAGCAGGCGGUGAUCUUGAAGCUAAACAGCUGGGAACCGCAACACCUGAGCUGAAGGUCAUGGACAAGCUCACUGAGCGAAAAAGACGCUCAGAAAUAAAGGAAUUAUUCGAUCAGCUCCUGGACCUCGUCAUCAUGAAGCCGAACGAGAAAGCAUCUAAAUGGGAGAUUUUGACAAAAGAAAAUGAGAUGCUCCGUCGAGAGAUUUACGGAAUGAGAGCAGCGAAAGGCUAG